AUGAGCAUGUCUGUAGAUGACCUCGUAGCCUCACUCAAUGCAAAUCACAUUGGUCAAGAGGCUAUUGACCUUGCAGCUCUUCAGGCGCAGCUCGCGCAAACGCUAUUCGCGCAUCAAAUUUCACCCUCUUGUGCGUAUGACCCUGCACACGUGCAACACUGCACCACCCCUACGACGCGCACCCCUUCUUCAUCUAUCUCGUGGCCUGCCGGCUAUAUGCCCAUAGAACUCACUCAGAAGAAGCGCAGCAACAGUAUCGUCUGUCCGCGCUCCCGUCGACCGAGCGUCGACGAGGGAUGGUAUGACCCGGACGAGUUGGAUGAGGAACGCAUGGUUGAGGACAUGAUAGCGCCGUCCACCCCUCAGUCCCCAAAAACCUUCAUCUGGGGUUACACAGGCUUGAAAGCUGCACCAACCCCCGCGCCUACGCCUAUCACGAUGGUCGGCACGCCGGUUGAAUCGCAAACUCUAUUUACCACCACAGAUCCAUUUUAUCUACAAGUCUCUCAAGCAAAUGCGACUCCACAACCUCCUUCAUCCUUUUUCACUAAUGCGGGCCACCCAUCUAAUCACUCGCCCUUUGUGAGGAGCAAUUGGGAGAGUGCCCCUACCCAAUCCGCUGCUUGGGAUCGCUGA